AUGAUUGAUUCCUUGUCACCAAUUGUAAUGGGUAACGCAGAUGUCUCCAGUGGGUAUAUGAGUGAAGGUGGUAUAACGGUGUAUGCUCGAAAAAUGCAAGCACGUUUCAAGGAAGGUCUGGAAGCUGUUCGUGAUUCGAUGCGACAUCGACAUCAUGAUUUCAACGACAGGUCCGUUUCUUUUUACCGCAUUUUCAACUCUUUAUGGCGUACCGACGUUAUGUACACAACUGUUGCUCGAUGCGAAUUCGGGAACAUCGCAGAUAUUGCCACUCUGUUCAGUUUCGAGAAUAUGUUAGGUUUUUUGUUCACUUCGAGCCCAGGAAUAUCACGGGUUCUAUCUCGCGGUUCGUGUUCGAAAAUUUCAUAG